AUGGCCGAUGAAGCACAGGACCAGGCUGAACGUGAGAGAAUUUUCCGGCAAUUUGACUUGAAUGGAGAUGGAAAAAUCUCUGCCACAGAGCUCGGCGAUUGCUUAAAGACCAUCGGCUCCGUCACCCAGGAUGAUGUUAAGCGUAUGAUGGAUGAGAUUGAUACUGAUGGUGAUGGCUUCAUUUCAUUUGAAGAGUUCAUACAGUUUGCCAAAGCUAACAGCGGCUUAAUGAAGGAUGUUUCUAAAGUAAAUUAA